AUGGAUAAGGAGCCGUACAACAAAGGCGCAUUCAAGAUUGCGAUAGAUUUUCCAGUGGAGUAUCCGUUCAAGCCGCCGAAGAUUACUUUUCUGACGAAGAUUUAUCACCCGAACGUCGAUGAAAAGGGACAGGUGUGUCUUCCGAUUAUUUCGCCAGACAACUGGAAACCGGCCACCAAAACUGAACAGGGUUCGUUAAGUUUACCCACUUAUUAUUCACACAUUGAGCAAAAUAAUUGUUUUAGAAAAUCUUUCCGUUAUUUAGAAAAAUUAGAGAAAUCUUUAAAAAUUAAAAAAAAAAUUUGAAA